GGUGCUCGUGUCCUCACGCCUUUGCAAUCGCAAUCGAGAACUAAGUUUUUGAAAAUACCAAGUUCCGUGAGUUGUUGGCAAAGAGAAAACAAAGCAUUUGUUUGUGCGUGAGUUGUAUUUAAGAUAAGUGCGACGUUUAUGGGGACAGAUAAUGGGCAAGAUUUUAUUUCACUACACCUCCUGCCUUAUUGUUCUCACGUUUUGUAUAGGUCGCGGAGAUGGCCGGUGGAAGAAGAGGGACAGGGAAAACUUCUAUCACGAUAUUGAUGUAUUCAAAAGAAUGGCAGAAAAGAUCGAGCACGAGAUAGACGCGUUUUAUGAGGAUUACCCAGACGAACAGAUUAAAGGGGAUGAUAUCGAAAAAAUACGUCAAGAAUAUGUACAAAAUAUACUAGAACACACGAAGGGCACGAAGGACUCGACGAGUAACAAUAGACCGAAGCAAACAUUUCUAUUUAGUAAAAACAUUACUAACGAGCUUCCAACGAGUUUAAAAAUGGAAAAUUCUAUCCAGAUUACUCCAGUUCGGGUAUCAUUCAAAAAUAACGAAUCGUUAAAUAUCCCAAUGACCAAUUGGCCUAAAUUCGAAGAUAUUCUUUUAGAAAUGGGUAAGAGGUAUGAUUGGAAGAACGACCGAUGGAUUAAAGUUAAACGGAAAUUAAAGGGACCGCCGAAAAAAGUUGUUGGAGUGGAUAAUAGCAUCAAUUUUCACGAGAAACAUAAGUUCAGUUAUAGGACUGUUAAGUUAAAUAGGAAAAGUAGAAGGAAUGUCGUAAUAGCUGUUACUGCUGUAAGGUAGACAAUAGUGUAUUAGUUUUUGUUGUGGCACAAGCACAACGCUAGAGGUGUGAUAGACAAAUAAUACUCACCCGCUUUUACAGAGCUGUGAUGUCCCAAAAUGAUUUGUAAAACAUGAAAAAAGUUUUAGAUAAUGGAGUAGGUAUAAUAUUUUAACCGUACACAAGGAACAUAUCUCUACAAACAAUGUUAUUUCCUCUAGCAUAAUUGUUACUUUUUUAAAUAGUUGCUUAUCACCUUCUAGUAUUGAGCUGCUACAAGUGAAUAGUUAGAAAAAUGUUUCUAUUUUUUCGUAGCCUAAUGGGACCAACAGGGUGGAGCUUUGGUUCUCAAGUGAAUGUGAUGAUUAAUGACAAGACAGAAUGAUAGUUCACGGCCCUCCACACCUCCAACCCGAAGUAUUGAGUUGGUGUUAUUGAGCACGUGCUAUUAGCCACGUGGAAACCUUGGACGAUGAAUCAUUAUACUCGUGUGAUUGAACGUUUAUAAUACGUUAUUAUAAUCCAUUCUAUCAUUGCUUUGCCGAAAAUCAUAGUCUCAAUUAUGCAUGGAAUUCGGAAACAACAAGUAUGGCUUUACAUAAUCGAUUACCGAUCAUAUUAAAUAAUGAACCAAAAUAAAUAUUACGGUACUUAUAAUAUUGCUGGCUGAUGAAUGAUUGGAUUUCAAUGAACGAUUGUCGAAUUUAAAAAAUAUAUCGUUUAACAGAUGUUUCUAUUUUUCAUUUUAUUUACUUUUAUUGUCGUACUUUGAACUUCGAAUAAACAUAUAAUUUUACCAGCGAUAAAGGAAUAAAUCAUAAUGUCAUUUUUUCUUUUAUUUAGGAGUACGAGUGUUAAGAGUGUUUUCCAUAUAAUGAACACAAAAAAGAACACGUAGAGCUAAUCGCACAUAGUGUAUCGACACCAUUUUAUAGGGAAGAGAUGAUGAAGUAAAUUUCUUUUGUUACAAACAAUUUUCAAUUGGAACAGAAUAUAAUAACUAUUGUUUGCAUGCUUUUCGAUUUGUGUAUUGAACAUGUCUUUUACGAGGAGAUCCAUAAACAUAUUGACAAAGUUUGAGUUUCUUUUACUACUGCAAUACAUGUAACUUAAGUACAUAUAAAUAUUCGUGAUUUCUUAUUAUCUGGGUGGUUUCCUAGGUCAAAGAUAAAUUAUGAAAUUCGGUUUACUAAAUAAUGACAGAUCUAAAUGUGUCAAAAAAUGUUUUCUUUUUAUAUUUAACUUAUUCAUGAAUUUUAAUGAAGAAAAAUGUAAUAAUAAGUGCGACAUUUUUUCACGUUUUUCUAUGACGUCAAAGGUUGUUUUUUUAUACAAAAUCCACAGUAAUGUCGUGUUAUGACGUUUAGUAAAAAGUAACUGAUUUGAUAAGUUGGAAACUACCCUAUUUUAAAAAUAUUGUUAGAGACUCGAAAUGGAGCAUAUUCUUUUAACUUUGUAAGUAGCAGUAUAAGAACAGUUUCUGUUUAGCAUUAUUCAAU